GAACUUGUCAGUUAACACCAUGUUGCGCAAUCAUGAUAGCGACUCCGUUCGGAGGCUCAUACACCGCUUGAGACUGUUUAUGAAGGUGUUAUUCAGAUAUAUUGCCUUCCCGCUGCGACUUGUACAUCAUCUGUGGCGCACCCUUCUGCGGUUAUACUACGAUUCACGUAGCAUCGCAUCCAGGCGCCGAUUCCAGCUCAUUCACACAGAUGGACACCCAGAGCGAGUUGCUGGCUCAAGCCAGCCUACCAUGAUUCUUCCUCUGAGCAACCAUCAGCCGCAAGUCUCACCAUCACCAGGACCCGCUUCCUGUUCAUCCCGCUCACUGUUGCCGGUCCAGGCCCCUCCGUCAUCCUCUAGUUGUGUCCUGCAGUUAUCUCCUGCAGUUCCAGUCAUCCCCCAGAGCCAGAGUUCCACUACUUUUGAGCCAUUCGUGCCCUCCGAUGUGAUGCGGUACGAUAAAACUCCGUCAAUAAACCCCGACAACAACAAAUACAAGUCUAUUCCUCCUAAAACGAUAGACUUUUUAGACCCGCGUCAACAAGACUGUGGAGAUUGGCGUGCCUGUAUACACCCAGAAGGAGCACUCUAUUUUCAUAACCCCACGCGGGGUAUCUAUACGGACUCGAACUUGCAGAACGCAGAUCGCCGGUGCAAAAUGGACUCAUGUAUGGAUGAAGUACUUGCUCUUACGCCUCCUGAGUUGCAGCUAUGUUGCGACAAGAUCGAGCUUGUGGUGCAAUUGGCAUGGAACCAGAAGUCUAAAGUUAGAAUUUGCAGAUACUAUUUUAUUGAUCACGACAAGCAUCUGCUUUUCUGGCUCCAUGAGCUACCUACAGAAAAACUGUUUUGUGGAGUUAAGGGUGUCGAAAAGCUGAGCCAUAUCAAGUAUGCUGUUGAACAUCAGUACUGGCAACACUGCGAGAUGUAUCCCAAUGCAAAUCUACCAUGCGCUCAGUUGCUCAAGGAACUCAAAGAAGUUGUUGUGCAUGCUAGCGCUGAGACUAUUACAACAGAUGUGUCGCUCUCGCCCUUCGACGGUGAUGAAUUAUCGAAAAUUCUGGACUUGAUCGACCAGCUUGGAGAGAAUAUCGGCGACACCUAUUCUAUCUGUGUCAUUGCCAGGUUUAUGCGAUAUUUCGUCCGAGCCAAAUUCUUCAACUUCUGCGGGCUCCCUGCUGCCCGUUUGGAUGCGGAUCAGACCGUUUACAAAAAGAAGAAGAGGAACAAGCUAAUCUUGGUUCUUUCAUGGACCUUCAACGUUGCAAUGUUCGGGGCCCCGCAGUCACACAUGGAAGAACUCCGACGAGUAUGGGUCGACCGCAGUAUCAACUCUCCGCGCUGGAAGAACUUUAACAGCAAGCUGAGCACUGAAUGGUCAAGCAUCACAAUAUACUCAACUGUUAUGAUAGCUGUGGACGUCAGCUUUCUGGCUGUGCCUUCCGUCAGUUCUCAGAAUUCAGGUUCGGUCCCAAUUAUUAGCACAUAUCUUUCCAUUUUUUGCAUUGUUGGAUCGUUGGUUGUGUCCCUGUUUCUCACCCGACAGAAUCGGUUAUAUGGGCAGGAAUCUGCUGACACAGCGGUCGAUUUCCUCACGAAGAUGACAGGGUCCGCAUUUGGCACCAAAGCUGUAGCGACUGUGCAUGGUCUUCCGUAUGCUAUGUUGUUGUGGGGCAUGCUGUAUUUCAUGCUCGCGUUCUCUUAUCAAGUCUUCACCUCUACGCCCACCUUGACGCUCGCUACCACUGGAAGCGCAUGCGGCCUUGUGGCGCUGUUCACGUUGUGGCUCAUAUACGCGGCGAGGGAUUUCCAUAUUUCAACACGAUUUCUUGAGUGGCUCCGGGCUUCCAUUUGCAAGGCAAGAGACCCGAAUACAGUGUGACACAGCUCAAUACCGGCGUACAGGCUGCGUAUACGUGUCCAGGGUGAUAUUACGAGGUUGAUUAUUGAACCUGUCAUGUGUUCAGACAGGCUUAGGUUUCGCAGGUCAGGACAUUUAAUACAGUG